GGGGGAAAAAGUAAAGCAAAUGAUUUUCCUUAUUUUCUUAGCUUGUCCUACGUGGGUGCUAGUAUAGAGACCUGAGCUUCCAGGGGCUUCACUACCUCAGGGUCCCACCUCAACCUGCUCAGUAAUGGAUGCCAGAUUUUGACUGGGACCCGACAGCAAUCUGGAUUUGUUAGUGAGCUUGGUGAUACUAUUUUCACUUGGAGCCCUUUUUUGGUGAGCUUUUCUGUGUGUCUCUCCCUUCAGGAUCCUCUUGGCCUUCAGUGAAGAAGACCAAUUUGGGAAAGGGCCCCCCUGUCCCAACACAACACCUAACCGCCCCAUAGGCAGGUCAACAGCAUCGCCUCCUUUAGGGAAACUCUCUUCCUUAACUGUUGCAAGGAACUCCCUUCCUCCCACAGCUCCAGCCCUGUUGCUCCUACUUUUCAACAGUGUGUGCUGACCAGAGCAGAAAACAGCCUGAAAGCGCCUGAGCCUGAGAACCAAGAGCUGCAGGAGCAAGGCAACAGGAAAAUCCUCCGCACAGAGGGAGAACUGCAGCAGCAGCAGAGUGGAACUGCACAGGCGUCAAGCGGAGGUGAAACCUGCAGCAUUGCUGACACUCCUUCUUUCCAGUGCGACAGCAGCAGUGUUUCCUGCCUAAGACGAACACAAGUCCCAGAGCUGCCAGCCACCCCUCUCUCAGGAGCACUGUGCUGCAGGCUUGAAGCCGUGCCACUGGGAGAGACUCGGAGAUGGCCGAAGGGGAAAUAACAACGUUCACCGCCCUGACCGAAAAAUUCAAUCUUCCACUGGGGAACUACAAGAAGCCCAAACUCCUGUAUUGCAGCAACGGAGGCUACUUCUUGAGGAUACUUCCAGAUGGCAAAGUAGAUGGGACAAGGGACCGAAGCGACCAACACAUUCAGCUGCAGCUAAGUGCGGAAAGCGUGGGUGAAGUAUAUAUAAAGAGCACUGAGUCUGGACAGUUUUUGGCUAUGGAUACCAAUGGACUUUUAUAUGGAUCACUGUUACCGGGUGAGGAAUGCUUGUUCUUGGAAAGAGUGGAAGAAAAUCAUUACAACACGUACACGUCUAAGAAGCAUGCAGAUAAGAACUGGUUCAUUGGUUUAAAGAAGAAUGGAAGCUGCAAACUGGGACCGCGGACUCACUAUGGCCAAAAGGCCAUCCUUUUCCUUCCUCUGCCCGUGUCCGCUGAUUAAGAGAAGUAUCCAGGGUGCCAUAAAAUGACCCUGAGUCUUAAAUACCAACUUCUAUUCCUUCUCUCUCUCUUUCACUGGGCAGUGUGACAAAGAGCUUAAUUUUAGAUCCAGGAAUUUUAAAUCUAAACACCUUAAAAAUAAAAUAGAGCUAUUUAAUUUUGCACUAACCAAGUUUAACGUGGAGGUGAGGAAAACACUUGUAGAACAAUGGGCAGGUUGUCUCUCCAAUGCAUUCUUGUUGACGGGUCUCCAUUGUCAGACCUGCGCAACAGAAAGCACGUGUGAGGCACAUCUGAGGCAAAAUGUGUGCACUGAAAAAUGCAAAAGGACUCCAAAGAAUAUACAUAAACUCGUGUUUCAAAGGGACAACACAGGAAUGUUACUGCCCUAAAUGCAUGGCUUACUAGAACUCUAAAUCAAUCACACCUAGAGAGAACAGGUGCAUGUUUUAUAUUUCCAUAAAUGUAAAACUUCCCUAGAAUAAAUAGGUAUUUUAAUGUAAUCUAGACAGUAUCUAAUAUACACUUCAAAAAAUUUAAAACUGCAUCAGUAUUCCAUUUAUCAACUGAAAGCAGAAUUCUGCACCUAUCCUAACUGUGUACAGCUCAACUAACCACGACCCAUACUCUUGAAAACUAGACAUCUAAGCCAGUCAAACACUACUAAUAUUACUAUAUUUCUUGUUAAUAUCCUUCAUAUGUAAUUUGUAUUAAUUAUUAAGUGACUCGGUAGACAUUAUAAAGAGUUCAAUAAUAUGAAUUAUAGGCAGUCAAAGCCAGUUAAUGUUAUCUCAAGAAGGAUGCAGAUGGGAUAAAGAGGGGUAUGAUUUUGACAAGAAAGUCUGGGAGAAAGGUCAUGGGGGAAAGGGAAGUAGUCAUGGAACUAUAUUACCAGCAUGGAUAAAAAUCAAUGAUU